GCCAAAAAGAUCCUGUCGUCCUAUUUUGUAGCCAUGCAGUUCAUCAGUGUAUUCGGUGUCUGUUGGAUGUACUUGCGACAUGAUGUGCAGCCUCUGAUGCUCGAUACCCCCGCUUCAGCUGGAACCGGUAUUCCCCACGGCGCAUUUGCCACGGUCACAUUCUCCACGCUCUGGACAACUAUCACUGCCGGGUGUUCUCAAGUCUUGAUGGUCGCCGAGUACCAUAACGCUUGCACGGAAUUCAGUCGAAGCAGUACCAGGAUGGUAUGCUGCCUAAUUGCACUGGCUGCUCUCCCGUUCGGCUGUAUUUUAGGUUCACAAGUUGCAAUCUCCUAUAAUUGGUGGCCUGAGCACACAGCCGUACAGGAAAUUAACUUGAUGAUGCUGGGAGAUUCAUUUUUCAUCGCGUUUGACUUGCUUUUGACUGCGGCAUUCUGGCGCCUUCGCCGGGACGUUGCCCCGGAUAAGGAACCCCGGCUUUCCAGGUUACUUCACAUAGCAUUCAUCACGUACAACGCAUCCCAGCUUUUCCUGAACCUGAGAUUUGCUUGCACUCUCCUGGGUGUGUCCUACAACGGAUGGCUCGGCUGUACCAUCGGACUUGGCGGUUUCUUGACGAGCGGGAAUUUACACGUUAUCUCACUGUUCAUCAUGUUCCAUGUGCUCGAAGACUCUCAGGUUACAGCUGGUGCCACAGAUCGCGCUCACGAGAACAACUCAAUUGCAGCAAUGAAAGACGCAGUAAUGUUGGUAGAUGUCUAGGCUGCCGGGCCUUCGCUCGCAUCCACGGUCUGUGCGGAAACGUUGCUUGUAAUGAUAUUGGGCCCAAUGUACUGCUCGUCGUACUAUUCUUCCCUGGAAUCACCAUGUACGGACGGUCGACUCGGCAUGUGCUAUCGAACAGUUUACUAU